ACUACCUCUCUCUCUCUCUCUCUCUCUCUCUCUCUCUCUACCGCUCCAUUAGAUCUAAUCUCACGAUCGGGGAGGAUGUGGUGAGGACUAUUGGGUCUCCGCUUCGAUCGAGGGAGGGAGGGAGAAAAGAUGCAGAAUCGAGGAUCGAGCCACCGCCUUCCGGGGUUGGUGCUCCGCUCUCGGAUCUCCUCGGUGAUGCUCGCAAUGUUUGCUACCAUGGCCUCCUUCUACGUCGCCGGACGUUUAUGGCAGGAUGCGGAAAGUAGGGUUUAUCUCAUCAAAGAACUCGAUCGGAGGACUGGACAGGGGCAGUCCGCUAUAUCAGUUGAUGAUACACUGAAGGUAGCAAAAUGCAGGUACCAGCAUAAGAGAUUAGCAGCACUUGAGAUGGAGCUGGCUGCAGCGAGGCAUGAAGGCUUUGUUGGGAGUUAUUCUUCCAAGACAAAUGACACUAAUACUGGGAAAAAGCUGAUGGUUGUUAUAGGAAUCAUCACAGAAUUUGAGCGCAAGAACAAUAGGGAUGUGAUCCGCAGGUCGUGGCUUCCAACUGGUCCAGCGCUGAAAAAGUUGGAAGAAGAGAAAGGUGUCCUUGUACGAUUUGUGAUAGGAAGAAGUGAAAAUAGAGGAGACAGUUUUGACAGGGCAAUUGAUGAUGAAAAUAGGCAUACCAAGGACAUCAUGAUUCUUGAUAAUCAUAUUGAAGCACCAGAAGAAUAUCCAAAAAAGACAAAGCUGUUUUUCGCUCAUGCUGCAGACACCUGGGAUGCUGAGUUCUAUGCUAAGGUUAAGGAUGACGUUUAUGUUAACAUUGAUGCUUUGGGAGCAAUGCUUGCAACUCACUUGGACAAGCCGCGUGUUUACAUUGGGUGCAUGAAAUCUGGCGAAGUUUUCUCCCAGUCGAACCACAAAUGGUAUGAACCAGACUGGUGGAAAUUUGGCGAUGGAAAAUCAUAUUUUCGUCAUGCUUCUGGUGAAAUUUUUGUCAUAUCGAGAGCUCUAGCACAGUUUAUUUCCAUAAAUAGAUCUAUUCUUCGUACAUAUGCCUAUGAUGAUGUUACUGUUGGUUCAUGGAUGAUUGGGCUUGAUGUCAAGCACGUCAAUGAAGGAAAAUUUUGCUGCUCAUCAUGGUCCUCAGGAGCCAUAUGUGCAGCUGUGUGAUGAUGGGUUUAUGGUAGGAGAAAAGUUUACAAAUCAUGUGGAGGGCCCUCAGGUCUGCAGCAUCCAGUUUUCAUCACUAGUUGCAAGCAAUUAGCAACAAGUCUCUGACGGGAAUCUUUGCCACCUAUAGAUUGGCUUUACUAGAAAGAUGACAUCUUGUGUCGACCGAAUAGUUGCUGAGAUCUCAAGAAGAGUAGUUGCUAUAAUCUUAAGAAGAGCUGGUGGCCCGAUAUCAGGAUACAAUAUGGAGUUUCUUCUGGAAUCAAGAGAACUAACAGGUUUCCCAUUGUUUAUAUAUAUCAUGAUUUUGUCACUAAUUGUUAGCACAGCGUUCUUAUGUUGAGGAUUCUUAUGUUGAGGAAUCAAUUUUAUGUCACACAAUGAAAGGACUACAGGAAAUCAAUUUUUAAGCAAGUUCAGAUGGAAGUUUUGAA